AUGGAUUGGAUCACGCAACUCUUUCAGACUCCUACGCUUGCUAAGCCGCGGCAAGGGAAUGCAAAAUGUGGAAACACUUCGACCACCAUAACACCAACAAGUACCAACAACAUAAGCAGUACUGUUCCUCGACCUGGCGAUAUCAAACCGGUAGAAUGCAAUCUUUGCCAUCGCAAAUUUAAAAACAUACCAGCCUUGAAUGGACAUAUGAGACUUCAUGGAGGAUAUUUUAAAAAGGACUCCGAUAAUAAGAAACUGGAUAAGAAGGAAUCUACUGGACCUCCAUUACAAACAGCUUCUGUUUCCGUGAGAGCGCUUAUCGAGGAAAAAAUAAUAAGUCGUCGGGGAGCGACGAACGGUUCACAGAGCUCAGGUGUAACGAUAGAUACGACUCGGUCUGGAUUCGCUACACCAGCUCCUCCUCCUUUGACUAAUAUUCGUACCUCAACAGCAUCACCAGCGUCACCAGCAACAACAGCAGUACAUUUUGUUUCACCAAAAGCUCCUCCUGUUGUUACUUUCGCUACAAAUGUAACAAAUGUCACUUCUUCUCAAAAGGAAUCAACAUUAAUCGAAUUAUUGAAGAAAAGUAAUUCUAAGGUUGUAAAACGAUGCGCAUCAGACCCCGGGCAAUGUUCACCACAACAAGAAUUCACUUUUCGACCAGAGUUAUUUGGCGUGUCGUUCAAUUCAGAUGAUGGUUAUUUUUCACCAGCUCUCAAUGAAGAUACCUUCCAAUUCGCAACGACACCCGAUCAAUUAGAAGACUUGGCCUCACUUGAAGACUAUGCGACUGUAGCAGCGUCCAUACAUGAGCGUUCACCGGUCACUUACCCGUCCAAUCGCCGCUUAGCAGCAGUUCUUAAUUCUCCGUUACCGGAAUCACUCGCUGAUUUUGGCGCUUGUCAUGGUGGCUCAGCUAUUCCUUCUCCUAGUCUCCCGGGAUAUUCUGAACAUUCUCCAAGUUUGUCCUAUUCAACUGGUGAUUCGCCAGGCUUGCCUUAUGCAGCAACCUCUCCAAGCGGGAGCUACUCGACACAUCCGACACCGUCCCCUGGUUUAACGUAUCCAACACCUCCAGCAUCAUUAGAUGCUCAGUCGCCAGCCCAUACAGUACCUAGAGUUUCAUCACCUCUUACUGCAGCUUUCUUUACUGCCACAAUGUCCAGCCAGGAAGAGGUAGAAGAAGCUUUAGAAGAAGUAUUGCCUGAUGAAUGUAGGUCUUUAGAUGCUUACGCAUUGCAACCGUCACCGACAGCUCGGCGAAUGAUGCUGAAUUCUGAAGAUCCUCUACUGUCGAGUAGUCCUAGGGACUUCCCUCAUCGUCAGAUCCGACGGCUUAAUCGUUCAGUUACACCUAUAUCUACAUCUAUUCAACAAUGGCAUUCAGAUCAUAAUUCGCUUCAGGUCUGCGUCGAAGGUCGAGACCCUGUGCCAGCUGUGUUCCUCAGUCCAAAUAGUAUACCAGCGUCUCCUCAACGACGAAAAAGGAAAGCUUCGCCAGCUGGCCCUUACCGGUCUCGUCUGCGACGCACUAGUACCCACUUCACGCCGCAACCAAUUUUACCUCCAGAUAGAGAUGCACCCGGACUUUUUCUUGAUUCCAUAAGUGGUUUACCAAACACUGAAGCGGAAGUACUGUCGCAGUUUGAAGACACUCAGAAGCCUCAAAUUAACAUUGGCGCUGAGCAUCAAGCCGAGAUCCCGGAAUUGUGCAGCGAUCGCAUAGAUCUGCAUCGUGUACCCGAACAGCUGCUGUGGGACCCUGGCAUUAAUGACGCGUUGGAUGACAAUGAAGUUCGUAUGUUUAUGGAGUUGGCGAUGUGUGCGGCGAUGCCUGUAGGUGGGCAUACAAGAGAAUUCGCACUUCAAACUCUAGGCGAAUGUGGAGGGGACAUCCGGGCAGCCACGCUGCGUCUUAUGUCACGACCAGCGACUCCUGCGCAGCACGAAUCUAGAUGGACGCCAGAUGAAGUAGAAGCAUUCCUAGCCGGAUUGUCGCAUUAUGAUAAAAACUUCUACAAAAUAUCCCAAUUGAUAAGGACGAAAGACUCGAAGCAAUGCGUCCAAUUCUACUAUUUUUGGAAGAAAGUAACCAAAGACUAUAAAACAACGUUCUUGAGAAGCUGGAGCGACUCACGCCACAGCCAAGGUCCCUUUGGGCAAGUCCAUGCCGCCCCGAGCACCUCGUCUCCCAUUUCCUUCGACGGAGAAGAAUUCCCGUGCAAAAUUUGUGGGAAAGUAUUUAACAAAGUUAAAAGUCGUAGCGCGCACAUGAAGUCGCACCGGCCUCUCGACGCCGAGCCGAAAAGGCCUAAACUCGAAAAGCCUUAUGAAAAGGUCGAGAGAUCUGACGAAAGAUCCCAAGCGACUGACGAAUAUCAAAAUAAGAUGCCUUUACUAUAA